UUACCAAACGGGAGACGCCAUGAAAACAUUCUUUGUGUUUUCCGAGUUUUACUAACAAUUUUUAUGGAUACUACCUGUUAUACAAUUGAAGUCGCUGGUAAAAAAAAAAUGCUGUUUGAUUUGGAUUUAUAAUUCAAAGUAAUGCAUAGCUAAACUUCAAAAUCUAAUCCACAAUCAUCAAAAAUGGUUCUCGACUUUGAUGUAAAAACAUUUUGUCAAAAUCUGCGGGCUACAAAACCACCAUAUGAAUGUCCUGUUAAAACAUGUCGUAAAGUUUAUAAAAGUUUUUCGGGGAUACAGUUUCAUAUGUACAAUCAUAAUCAUGAUAAUCCUGAUUCACCUGGAACUGGAGCAGCAGCCAGCCCUUCAGGAGGCGGUAGAAAACCUGGAAAACGCAAACAAAAAAAUUGGCAUCCUCGCCAGGCAAGAAGAUCUCCAACACCACCAGAGUUCAUAAGAUCACCUCAGAGAGAAACAUUAAGUUAUGCUGAGUCUCAGAGACUUGUUGAAAUUGAUUUAGAUGGUUGUCUUAGAAGAAUUGAUAUCUGCCAGCCACUUGAAAUAAUUUCACAAGAUGAAAUUGAGAACCAAGACAACACAGAAAAAGAAGAAAACGAAGAAAAAAGUCCAUCAGGGAGACCAGUUCGUAAUUUAGAAAGCAAAUCUAGAAAGGAAUCAUUAGCUGUUGGUAGUUUACCACCUGAAAUAAAUCCAAACAAACUUCCAGAACCAAAUGUUAAAGUAUUAACAGAUUAUGUUAAGCCUAGCAAAACAUCAUCACAUCCAGCAUCAUAUUAUCGAUAUAUCGAGAAAUCUUUAGAAGAGUUGGAUGAGGAAAUUGAAUAUGACAUGGAUGAAGAGGACCAUUCAUGGCUGGAAAUUGUAAAUGACAAGCGAACAAGUGAUGGAGUAGCUGCAGUAGCACAAGAUACCUUUGAACUCAUGAUGGAUCGUUUUGAGAAAGAGGCUUUCUUUCAAAGUCAGCAUACUGGCAAAGAACAAGGUCCAUCCAUGGAUGAUGAUGCUGUGUGUAGUAUUUGCAUGGAUGGUGAAUGUCAAAACAGUAAUAUGAUAUUGUUUUGUGACAUGUGUAAUUUAGCUGUUCACCAGGAAUGUUAUGGAGUUCCUUACAUACCAGAAGGACAAUGGCUGUGCAGGCGUUGCCUCCAGUCACCAUCUCGUGCUGUUGACUGUUGUCUGUGUCCUAAUAAAGGUGGUGCUUUUAAACAGACAGAUGAUGGACGUUGGGCGCAUGUUGUUUGUGCGCUUUGGAUUCCAGAAGUAGGAUUUGCUAAUACAGUUUUUCUUGAACCUAUUGAUUGUCUUCAAAGAAUUCCACCAGCUAGAAGAAAAUUAACAUGUUAUAUUUGCAAACAAAGAGGUGCUGGUGCUUGUAUUCAGUGUCAUAAAACUAACUGUUACACAGCUUUUCAUGUGACUUGUGCUCAGCAGGCAGGACUUUUUAUGAAAAUAGAAGCUGUUAAAGAGCCUGGUCCAAAUGGUAUAUCUGUUGGUGUUAGAAAGACAGCGUUUUGUGAUGUUCAUGCACAGCCUAGUGCUGAUAAUUCUAUGUUCCCCGAUGAUGAAAAACAAAGUGGUUCAAAAGAAGAUGCCCGUGAGCAAGCUCGUAUUAAGAUGAGAAAAGCAAGAAAAAUUCUUGCACAAAAGCGUAAUGCUAUACCCAAUGUGUCCAUUCCAAUUAUCCCAGAUGAAAGGGUUAGCAAAAUAUCAUCAAUGAUUUCUGUCCCAAAAAAAGAGGAGUUUAUGAGGGCUUUAUUGAGCUAUUGGACUCUAAAACGACAAUCACGAUUUGGAGUACCCUUGCUAAGAAGACUACAGUCAAAUCAUAUGAGUAGAAACAGAGAACAUUCUAGAAAUGACAAGCACAAUCAAGAAAUGCGUGAAAAAUUGAAGUAUUGGCAGCGCUUGCGCCAGGAUUUAGAAAAGGCAAGGCUGUUAGUAGAGCUCAUACGCAAGAGGGAAAAGCUGAAAAAAGAACUGAUAAAGGUAUACCAAUUAUCAAUGGAGUACAAACUGCAGCCAUUUAUCAUGCUUCAAAGGCACACAUUAAAUCAGCUUCAGGAAAAGGAUGCAGAAGACAUUUUUGCCCACCCUGUAUCAGAAGAGGAGGCACCAGAUUAUAAAGAUGUUAUUAAACAUCCUAUGUGCUUCUCUGUUAUGCGAAACAAAGUUGACACACAUAGAUACAAAACGAUGGAGGCAUUUGAAGCUGAUUUUAAGCUUAUAAUACACAACUGCUGCAUGUACAACGCCAAAGAUACAGUUUUUUACAGAGAAGCUAUGUUGUUGAAAGAAGAAGGCAUGGAAAUAAUCAAAGAUGCUAAAAAGUUAGCUGAGCAAGUAGGCUAUGAUUAUGAUACAGGUCUGCAUGCUGAUGGACCAGUAACAUCUAAAGAGCACCAUAUUCCAGAAGAGUUAGACACUUUGUUGGAUGGAGUAAAACCUGAAGGGCCAUAUGAGGAACAACUUCAAGUUCUUUUAAACAAAAUGGAAAAUGCCAGCAAGAAUUUAAAAGGAGGUAAAAAGGCAAAGUUUUUAAAGAAAAUUCGAAAUGAGAUUGCAUCUGUCCGUCGAAAGUUAGCCUUGGAUAAAAAGAAAGUGGGCAAAAAUAAAAAGUCAACAGAUGAUGUAAAAGAAGAGCAUAAGGAUACUCAGGAUGAUAGUCUUUCCUCAGUUACAAAUGAUAAAGAUGAAGUUAAAGCUGAGGUAAAGGAAAUUCAAAAUAAAGAGGAUAAUGCCUUAAAAGAAACAGUGACAUCAUCAGAUGGUGAAGCAGACACCCCUGUUCAGUCAAAUCAGAAGGGUACUAAAGGCAACCAGAAACGGUCACCCUCUCGAUCACCUUUACGUGCAUCUACUCCUUCAAGUAGCAAACCAUCAGCUAGGGGAUCUAGGAGUAGAGGCAGAGGACGAGGAAGCCGUAGCAGAUUAGCAUCAUUACAUUCAGACUUGCCAGAGACUCCUUUAAAACCAGGUGACAAAAAUGCAAAGGACUCAGAAAAGGUCAGCCCAAUCUCCCCAAAACCUGAAAAAGUUGAGUCUAAAGAAAAUUCUGCUAGAGGGAACAGUGCACACACACCAUCUCCUGCUGGAGUAAAUAGAAGAACUGCUGUAUUAUUUAGUAGCAAAAAAGGACGUAGUACUCCUGUGCCAACAAAACCAUCAUCUACCACUUCUUCUGCAUCAUCAAAUGCUUCUUCUGUUUCUAAUACACCUUCUGUCAAAAAAGCUACAGGAAGGGGUGCUAAAACCAGGCAGCAUCAAAAUCAGCUUCAAGUUAAAGUUGCUGAAGCUACAGAGGCUGAAAAAAACGUAGAAGCACCUCUUAGUCCACGUACUAGAGGACCUGGGAGUCCUACUGGGCGUAAACGAUCUGCUAGCAUGGCUGCUCAGCCGUCAGAACAAACUGAUACGAGUGCUCAACCCACACCUGCCAAGCGUGCAGCUACCUCCCUGUCAACAAAUAGUGAAGCACCACCUGUUACAUCAGUACAUGUAGGUGGACCUGAUAUAACUGAAAGUUUUAAAGCAUAUAGAGUGAGGGGAAACAUUCGUAGUAGUUCUGAAUCAGAAACUACAGAUGAACUGAGUAGUGGUGAUGAAUCACUUUCUGAUCCCACAUCGGACUCUUCAAGCAUCCAUAGUCCAUCUGGCCGUACCCGCACCACCAGCCUGCGAGAGGGGCCCGAGGGGUCGGAUCUGGCCGAGAGUACUGAGGGCAUCUCACCUGCCACUUCGCCAAUGUCCUCAGGCCGAAACCGUCGCAGUCCCAGCAUUGACUCAGAGGACAUGAUCACGUUAGAACCUUUGGAUCUUGUAUGGGCAAAAUGUAGAGGAUAUCCCUGGUAUCCUGCGCUUAUUAUCAAUCCAAAAAUGCCGAAAACUGGCUACUUCCAUAAUGGAGUUCCUAUACCAGUUCCUCCUGAUGAAGUUCUUGAACUGCAGCAGCGGUAUUCAGAGUCAGUUUACCUUGUUUUGUUUUUUGACACUAAACGCACAUGGCAAUGGCUACCUCGGAGUAAAUUGGAACCCCUGGGUGUCAACUCAGACCUUGACAAGGCCAAGCUAAUGGAAAACAAGAAGCCAAAUGUCCGCAAUGCUGUGAAAAAAGCAUAUGAGAAAGCAAUUGUUCAUAGAUGCAGGGUUAGAGGUGAUCCUAAUCCAUUGUCUGAUGAUUCCAGCUCAGAUAACAAUCCUUGAUAGUUGUUUUGUCAAAAAUUUGCAUUAAAAAAUUAUCAAUAAACUACAUUUUUUUCUCACUACCAUCAGACUAACUAAUAAUUGAAGGAAAUACUUUUAACCUGUAAAUCUUUUUUCUGUUCGGUCAAAUCAGUAGAAUGAAAUUCCAGCUCCUUACUUCUAACUUUAAGUUUGGUAGCCUUUUAGUUACAAUAAAGUGGUUUUAUUAAGGUAUUUCUAUGAUAAUCCAAUGUCUUUAAGAAACUUUUUUAGCAUACAUGAAAUAUGUAGUGUAAUGGAAUUGAUAACACAGGUAUUAUAUGGUUUAAUUUUAAUUACAUUUUUUAUCUAAUUUGGUCACAAGAUAAUUUCAUUUUAGAUAACUUGUGUGCACUUGUUUAAAAUGUUUUAUUUAAAAAGAAAGUCCAUCAGUAAAUUAACUGCCACUGCAUCUUUCGGUUGUAAAAAAAAUAAUGCAGUCUAAUAGUUUCUAAACAUUAAUUUUUUUAAUUUAAAAAAUAAUUAAUUGUAAAUUUUGUUUCAUUUAUUAUGAUCACCUUAAACUGAUCAUCUGUAAGUCACAAGCUUGUACUUUUUAUAAUGCUGCUUGAUACUUUUAAUUAUUUAAAUUAUUCACUUUAAUAUUUUUUCAUUCAUAGAUAUAAUUAUAUGUAUUGACAACUGGCAUAUUGAAUCAUCUAGUUUAUUAUUUUUUUUGGCAAAUGUAAGAGCAACAUAGAUACACAAUACAAACAUGUAUUUCUUAUCACUUUAUAACAAAAAAAAUACUGUUACAAAAAAAUUAAUGUCACUUUAUUGAACUCUUUGUCUUAUGAUUAAAAUAUAUAUUGAAAUUUGAGGAUUAAAAUAUUAAUUUUUCUUGAAUGUGCAUUUAUAUGUAUUGCAUGCAUUAUACAACAGAAAUAUGGCAUUGUAAAUUUAGUAUAAAUCAUGCUUGUGAGGCAGCUGAACUAAACAUGUUUGAUGGAAUAACUAGACUUUUUAUUUUUGUUGAUUACAUGUUAUAUAUACUGAAAAUAUUAAAUACAAUUUCUUCCCCCCUGCUGAAAGGCUUCAUUGACAGAAGAGCAGAUAAACUUCUUGUAUGUAGUAUUUGAUGGAUCUGGUUUUAGGAAAAUUGAAGAUUGAAAAUUUUAGUCUUCAUAUAAUUGUUGUCUGUUAUAUCAUUUUGUUUAUACUAAACACUUUGUUUCCUUUUUGUAUAAAUAAUAUAUAUUUUACUAUACAAACUACAUAUGACCUGGUUUCAUAUUUUAAUUAAAAUGAUUUAAUUUUUGUUUGUUGAUUUUCAUUGUAAUUUAUAAAUACAUAAUAUAUAUACCCAUCAUUUAAAUUAAUGAUUUAGAUGUUGAAAUACUUUUUUCUUCUUUAAAAUAGUUUUCUAAUCAUUGUCUUGUAUAAGCACAACUGGGUUAGACCCAUGUCUAAUUAUUUUAGGACUCAGAUCAUGUCCUUUGGUAUUGUAAGCAUGUGGGGCCAAAGGGCAUAAUGAGUUGCUGGAUCAAUGAGUUUUGAUACCAGGAACUGAAUGCUCAAGAUUUUGUUGCUUCUUUUACUCUAGUAUUCAUGCUAUAUCAUUUUUGUUGGUACUAAAGAUUAUUUAUUUAUACUUUAUUUUAGUCAUUUUUUGUGUUUGUAUUUUCAUAAAGUUCUGCUUUUGUGACUGUGUGGUUCUGGAAGACGAGCAAAUUUGAUGCUUUACAUCUAUGCCAUAGUUGUUUCGAUUAUGGCCAAGGCAUAAUGGUGUGACUGUUACUAUAGCUAGUUCUACCAGUAGAGUAUUGACACUUGAACCUGAAUAAUUCUGUCAGAGAAAAUGGCUGAGUGAUAGCAGACUAUGCAGUAGGAUGUACAUAUUUGAAAUUUAGUUUACAUUAAGGUCAAAAGGAGGUCUAAAUGUGCAAUGUACAUUAUAAAAUGUAUUGUGAAUUUAUAAAAGUAUUUAUUGUUCUUAGAUAUGUAGAAAGGUUAGAAUAUUUUUUGUGUUAAAUAUUUACUGCUUCAGUCAGUGUGAUCCUUUUUGUUUUGUUUUGUUUCUCCUCUCAAAGGUUGACAUCAAUUGUACUCAAAUUAAUCUCAACUUUGACUCAAGGCUUAUUAAUUUUGUUGUUAAAUCCAUCUUUUGUGCACAUUUCUUGUUGGUAGUAGUAAUUAGGUUUUGUGUUUAGUGUCCACAUUUUCCCUUCAUAGUACUGGAAUGUCAUUUUGAUGGGAUGAAGACUAAUUGAUUUUAACAUUAUAAGAUUAAUUUUUUUCUAUUUUAUUUACUGCUUUGUUUUUCUUUAAUUUGAUAAGCAAAGUAGAAAGUAAAAAGUAUUGAUUUCUUUAAGAUAAUACAUCUAGAAGAAAGGUAUUGCUUUUUUUCCCAUUAAGAUCAUGCUUCAAGUAGAAGAUAACAUCUACAAAUUAAACUAGCUGUAAAAACAUACUGUCACUAGGUGUUGCAGUUGUCAUGAUUUAAACUUAUCUCUAUCCCAUUUAAAAAUUUCAAAUAAUAUAUACCGAACAAUGUUGUACUUUUUACUACUAUAUUGGUGAUUCCUAUUGUCUGUGUUACUGUGGUUACUAGAGAAUGUGAGGAUUUUAACAAGUUAUUGUGCUAAUUUUGAUAUCUGGUGAGAUUUUCAAGUUUGAAACUUCUGUGUUAAGGAAUGUAAUAAAGACAUAAAAGUGU